GUUUCAGAUCCUCAUACUUCACCAGAAGCCGGCUAACUAAGCCUAGUGGGACUUCAAUGUUCUCGGAUACCAAAGGGUGUUUAAACCCUCGAAUCCCGAAAUCCUCGCAGCCCAUCGCAUCCAUAGCAUAGCAAGGCAGAUAGUCAGAAAGGGAUCAGUAUAUUGGUAUCUUCGUGCUAUGGUUCCGCUUCUCUACAGCUAGUGGCUGCGGCGCAGCCAGCUCCAUCUUCCCAGUGGGAGUGAUAUCCCAAGAAUAUAGUAAUGGCUAGAUUCAUAGCAGAAGACGCCGGUCUUUGGGCUUUGCCGCCCUCGAGGUCGCGCCAACCGCGCCUUGAAAUGCCUUUCCAGCGUGAACGUUCAAUGCACCUGCUACUCCUCUACGUCCACGCGCUCGCCAUGGGCUUGUCUUAUGCCUGCUUUGCAAAAUUCGAUUGCUCGGGCGAAGGCCAGUUCCUACCCAUGACGUCCAACUUGCUCACAAGGUACCCUUGCAAUGGCAGCAUGUUAUCAAGGGCGGCCUUUAUCCUUCGGCAUUUACCACAUGCCAUAUACGACACGCUCCAACUAACCCAAUCGCGCUGGGUGAGCGUGGCGAUGGCAUUGUGCCUUCUGCGCCUUCCCCUGGUGCACCUGUUGCCACCAGAGAAGUAUGACGUGAUGGGCCAGGUGCUAACCUACACAUCCCGCAUAAUUCCGAUGGCUUGGCAUGUCUUCGUCUAUGGCCACACUGCCGAGCCAAGCGCUCACAGCGUGUGGUUCUAUACCGGCUUCAACCCCUUCCUCGACUUAUUCCUGUUCUUCACAACUCCGGUCAACCCGCCGCAUUUCCUGCUGGAGGCGCUGACCGGCCUCGUCAACCUCGCCGGCAUCGCCCUGCUGUCGUACAACAGCGGCCGGCUGCACCCGCAGAGCGGCAUGAGCCCCAUGACGGUGCUUCCGUGCCAGAUGCUCACCUUCGCCGCCUGCCUGGCGCUGGCCUGGACCGGCUCCAGCAGGCGGCGGCGGGGUGCGGCGCGGCGGGGCGGAGGUGGCAGCAGCGCCGGGGGAGUGGGUCAGGGGGCGGCUGGCGCGCAGUCCCCUGGGGAAGCUGGCCAGGCGCCCAAGGCAUCCAGCUCGUCGUUAGCGGGGGGCGGCAGCGGGGGCGGGAAGCUGUUGGCUGCUGGUUGCCAGCCGCUGUCCGGGAAGGGGGCGGAACACGGCGAGGCGGAGGGCUGCAGCGCCCUGAGGCACAGCGGCAACAUCGCAACAGAUCACGUGGAGGCGGCAGCUCCGGUGGUUCCUGCGGCUUCCCCAAGCGAUCUGGGUCAUCCUGGACAGCUGCAGCUGCAUCUGGGUCGGCAGCACUCGCAUGAGGAGCCGCCCGAGCCGCACGCAUGCAGCAGUGAAGAGACAACGCGGCAUCAACAGGGGUUGGGCCACGUUCCCCUUCCCCCCUGCCCAACCGCUGCUGCUGCUGCACCCCAGGCCCCCGUGCGCCGCCUGGCUCCCUACCGCCCCUUCGUCAAGCACCACCUGCUGUACGCCAAGAUCCCCGGAUUCGAGCCGACCCAAAUCACUCCCGGCUUUGAACA